UUCGAUCGAUAAGACAUGUGUCGAGUUUACUCGUAAUUUAUUUUUUUAUAUAAUCCAAAAAUAUAGUUGAAGAAGAAGCAUGAAAUGUGCAUAAUGUGUUUUAGGCUCAAAAAAUCAAUUGUUUGAUAAGAAAAAAUAAAUAAAAGUAAUCGAUAAAUUUAUCUAUGAAGUUAAAAAGCCAAAGUUGUGUGAAAUAGCGUUAUGAAAAUAAAUUUAAGUGAAAAUAAAAAUAAGAGAAAUAUUUCAGCAGUGAACGAAAGUUUCGUUCGUUUAAAGUCAUUGAGGUCAAAAAAAGAUUGCCAAAAAUUAUAUGUAACAAUGAGUAGUGGAAUGGAAAAUGUGCAUCACUACAAGCUUAGAUAGAAAUAAUUCUUUAAAUGCAAAUUAUAUCGAAUGCUCAUUUGCUGAAAUGGAUAUAUGAAUCAGCAACUUUAAAAAAAUGUGCACUAGACGAAGUUAUCUUUUAUUUGUGUGUUCGCUGCAAUUGCUUACUAUCAUCGAACGACAAAUAUUCGAUUUUUUAGGAUAUAUGUUUGCACCAAUACUUGCGAAUUUCCUUCACAUAAUUUUCGUCAUUUUUGGUUUAUUUGGUGCUUACCAAUUCAGAGGAAAAUAUUUGAGCUCUUAUUCAGUUUGGAACGUUUUAUGGAUAGGAUGGAACACUUUUAUUAUUUGCUUUUAUUUAAAUAUUAGUCCAUUGGAUAGAAAUAGUGAUUUAUUAAAUAUUGGCACUGGAAGUGUAUCAUGGUUUGAGAUUCAUGGAUAUGGAUGUAAGCCAGUUUACCUUACGAAUUUCACGCAAGAAGAUCCUUUCCGACCUAUUCGUCCAGAUCGUGUAGAUGAUUGUCUUCUUGACUACUGGAUGAUCGAAGUUAUUCAUUCAGCAAUCCAAAUUUUUCUAACAUUAUUAGGUUUAAUUGGUGCGAUUUGCAUUGCCUGCGUGCUGUGGGACGAUGAUGAUAGCUUGAGGAAUAAUAACAAGCAAAAGAGACACUCAUUGUAUACAGUAGAGUUUGGAGCUGCUCCUGUCGAUGCAGUCAGAAGUGGUACGUUGAGUCACAACCGAGAUGAUUUAAGUCCAAAGGCACCGAUGACACCACGCCGUGUAAAACGACGAUCUGUUAGGGGGACAAGUAGCAGACAAAGUAGAAGGUCUGAUCGAGGCUCAAAUUCUGGAGGUACUUCUCAUAGAAGCAGUACAAGAAGUUCUCGGAGAAAAGUUCAUCAGAAUCCCGUCACUAAAUUGAUGGAACAACAAAAUUCAUUUCCAUCAUUUAAGCAUAACUCCUCAAACUUGACUGAAAAUAACUUAAAAACAUUAAAUAAUGAUUAUAUUUUGAACAAUCAAUAUCAGCAUCAAAAUCCAAAGAAAGACAUGAUGCCAUCAAAAUCAGCACAAGCUUUAAAUAGUUUUCAAAAUCAAAAGCAAAUGAAUGAGCACACUGCAGCUAUGAAUCGUCAUACUCCUACUGAUCCUAUUUAUUAUAAUAUGAAUUCUAGCUCCCCUCUUUUAUUACAACAAACCUCUUGGAAUGAAGUUUCAACUCCUUCACCACAAGGUUCCAAUAAUUAUCAUCAUCGUCAUCAACAUAACCAUCCCUCAGAUGCUGCUAUUAGUUUAGGACAUACAAAUUUAACGUAUGUUCAUUCAAAUCCAAGUUUAGUUGAUGGUGAAAUGAAUGAAUAUUAUCAGGCUGAAAGACCUCCUUCUGCAAGAUCCAGCUACUCCAAUUUCCAUGGGACUCGACCAUUAAGUUAUAAUGCAAAUGCAGCAACCAAUAAUAAAAUUAGAGAAAGUACAAAAGAUAACUUAUUUGCUGGUUUAUCACAACAGCAACAGCAGCAGCAACAUCAGCACCACCAACAACAACAACAACAACAGCAACAAUCAUAUAACUCACACUCGACCCGUCCACAUUCACUUUAUCAUCAACCUUCACAAGCAAUACCACAAGUGCCAAUGAAAAAAGGAACUGGUUCAAGAGAAAGUCUCAGAUUCCUUAAUGCAGCUCCUCCAGCAUAUCACCAAUAUAAUCAUACUCCGCCCGACUCUGAAACAACGAUGUGAAAGGACAACUUUACUUAAAAGACUUUUAAAUUGAAUUAUAUUAAAUUAUAAAAUUUUGUGAUGUUCUUUUUCUCUUCGAAUAAUUUGUAAAAUAUACUAUAUUAUGAUGUGUUGUAUAUAUAGUAUGAACAAAAAUGUCAAAUGAAAUUUAUUGACAACGAGAACUAAAUAGAAUUAAGUUUUACCAAAGUAUGAUCGAAAUAGUUUAAAAUUAAUUAUCUAACGUAAGUGAUAAAAACAUGUAUCAGUAAAUUAACAUGAUGCAUCAAACGAUAUACAAAAUAGACAAAAUUAAAGAUCUGAAGCUUCUUAAUAAAUAUAGAAUAAUGCUUUUUAUUGAGAAGAUUUAUGUGUGAAUAUUUAAAUAAUUGUUUAAUUAAGAAAGAAUGA